AUGGCAUCCCUGGCUCCGACAAUUCACAGGGCGCAGGCGCCCCUGAGGAAAGCUUUCGCUUCGGCACCGUCGGUGACGCGCAGCCUGGCGACGGUACCCCCCACGAGCGACAAGACGGUGCAGCCGAGGCGGAAGACGUAUUUCAAGAACACGACGGUCGCCUCGUUUGACGAGUUCGUAGGAGGAGGCGCAGCGUCGAAACCUCUGUCGCCGACCGAGGCGUAUACGCUGAGGACGGCCGAGGUGGGGCCCGAGGGACGGAAGAGGACGAUUACCCGCCUCCCGGAGUGGCUCAAGACGCCCAUCCCGGCGGGCAACGACAACUUCAAGAGCAUCAAGAAGGACCUGCGCGGCCUGGGCCUGCACACAGUGUGCGAGGAGGCGCGGUGCCCCAACAUAUCCGAGUGUUGGGGCGGCGACAACAAGAAUGCGGCCACGGCUACCAUCAUGCUCAUGGGCGACACGUGCACGCGCGGCUGCCGCUUCUGCAGCGUCAAGACGAACCGCAACCCGAACCCGCUGGACCCGCACGAGCCCGAGAACACGGCCGAGGCCCUCGCCCGCUGGGGCCUGGGCUACGUCGUCCUCACCAGCGUCGACCGUGACGACCUCGCCGACGGCGGGGCGCACCACUUCGCCGAGACCAUCCGCCGCAUCAAGCAGAAGAAGCCGUCGCUGCUUGUCGAGGCCCUGACCGGCGACUUCCGCGGCGACCUCGACAUGGUCCGCGUCGUCGCCGAGAGCGGCCUCGACGUCUACGCCCACAACGUCGAGACCGUCGAGGGCCUGACCCCCUACGUGCGUGACCGUCGCGCCACCUUCCGACAGAGUCUGGCCGUGCUCAAGCACGUCAAGGAUGUCCGGGGCCAGGACGGCAUCAUCACCAAGACCAGCAUCAUGCUCGGUCUCGGUGAGCAGGAGAAGGAGGUUAUGGAUGCUCUGACUGAGCUCCGAAAGGUUGGCGUCGACGUCGUCACCUUUGGCCAGUACAUGCGCCCUACGAAACGUCACCUCAAGGUCGAGAAGUACAUCACCCCUGAGGAGUUCGAGAUGUGGCGCCAGCGUGCCCUGGACAUGGGCUUCCUCUACUGCGCCAGCGGCCCGCUCGUCCGCUCGUCGUACAAGGCCGGUGAGGCCUUUAUCGAGAACGUACUGCGCAAGAGAUCCGGAGAGAAGGUACCGGCCGGCACGCGCAUCGACCAGGCUGCCGCUUCGCUCAAUGCUGAGAAACCUGCUUCCGUCUGA